AUGCUUCCUCAGCAAACCCUGGUGACCCUUCUGGGUGGCCUUUCCCUGGCCUUGGCCAAAACUACCACCAAGGAACUGCCUUCUCGUGCGGAGAUCGAGGCUGCUCAGGCGACUGUCCUGCCUUACUCCCCCGUCUCCAAUGUCAAGGGGUUGUCCUUCAAUCGCUUCGUCAACAUUUGGUUGGAAAACACCGACUUCGACGAUGCAGCCAACGACCCGCACCUGUCCAAGCUGGCCGAGAAGGGUCUCCUCCUGAGCAACUACUGGGCCAUCACCCAUCCCUCGGAACCCAACUACUGUGCCUCCGCUGGCGGCGACACCUUCGGCAUGGACAACGACGACUUCAACCAGAUCCCGUCCAACGUGUCCACCAUCGCCGACAUGCUCGACGUCAAGAACAUCGCCUGGGGCGAGUACCAAGAGCACAUGCCGCACCCGGGAUACCAAGGAUACCGGUACCCGGAGAGCGGGCCGAACGACUACGUACGCAAGCACAACCCCAAGAUCCUCUUCAACUCCGUCACCGAAGACGCCACGCGUCUGCGCCAAAUCAAGAACUUCACCAACUUCUACGAGGAUCUCGAGCACCACCGUCUCCCGCAAUACAGCUUCAUCACUCCCAACAUGACUAACGACGCCCACGACACAAACAUCACUUUCGCCGGCUCCUGGACCUACCGGUUCCUCGCGGAGCUGCUCGAGAACGAAUACUUCACCAAGGACACCCUCAUCCUGCUCACCUUCGACGAGAACGACACUUACGAGAUCGGCAACAAGGUCUACAGCUUCCUGGUCGGCGGCGCUGUCCCGGAACAUCUCCGCGGCAAGCAAGACGACACCUUCUACACCCACUACUCCAUCAUCGCCUCCCUGUCCGCCAACUGGGGUCUCCCAUCCCUGGGCCGCUGGGACUGCGGCGCCAACCUGCUCAGCUUCCUGGCCGAGAAGACCGGGUACAAGAACUGGGACGUCGACACGAGUAACCUAUACCUCAACGAGACGCACCCCGGCCCGAUGGCUAGCAAGGCUGGUGCUUCUAAGUGGCCGGUACCGUUGACCCAGGGCCGCUGCUCUGCGGGCCACGGAAUUCUGAACGUGGUGCAGCAGACGUGGAAGAACUUGACGGCUACGUUCAACUACACGAGUCCUGUUCCGUAUGAUUCGGUCAGUGGGAACAACGUGGGAGUGAAGUAUAGUCGUGAACUGAACGGAAAGGUUGAGAGCCAUAUCACGGAGUAG